ACACAGCUAUCUGAGGCAGCGGCAGUUCCCCAGCGCGCUCUGCCUCCUGCAGACUGCUCUCUGCGCGCUCUCUCUCUCUUAAACAUACGGACAGUGGACUUACAUCCCUACGCUUUCAGACUCACACUUCUUACAACAUUGCAGAGACGUUUUUGGAGAUUGUUUAACUUUUACACAAUCGGCAAAAGAAAAUGAGGACACUUGUGCUCUGCAUCUUUGCCACAGUCUUGGUGACAGCCGCACUGGUCCCAGGCAGCAGCCGGGCAGCAGACUUCCCUCUCAAUGGGCACCAGAGAUGGGACGUACGGGGAGCAUACGAGUCUGGGACUUCAGCAUCUUGUCCCAUUAAAAUACGCCCCUCGAGCCAGUGUGGGACCACCGAGGACCAGGAGGACUGUCCCUAUCACCUCACCUUGCCUCCUCUCACCAUCCAGAUGCCUAAGCAGUUCAAACUACUGGAGAAAACUAUGAAGGAGCUGCAGAGCCUCAAAGAGCAGGUGAACAAACUGAAGAGCAGCUGCCAGGAGUGCCGCGGUGCUCGGGUCCAUCAUCGAGUUGAGCAGGGGCAGGAGCAGGUCGAGGUCCAGAGGGAUGCAGAGGAGGUGCACAGAGUGGAUUUGUCAGGACAGGACCUGUUCACAGGGUCCAGCCAAGAGGAGCGCGGAGACGGGACCAUCCCUGGAGCACAGGAUGUCACCGGAGCUGGACAAGUCCCAAUAUUCAGCAAAAUGACACCCAGCCCAAGCUCUCUGCUGGAAAUGCAGGUGAAGCUCAAUCGGAUGUCUGCCAGCCUGCGCAACGCCAGGAGCCAGAUCUCUGCUCUACAGGGGCGCCUCGAGGUGCUCAACCUGCUCAACAUGGAGAAUGUGCAGGCCAUGGUGGACCAGCGUGUGGAGAACAUUACGGGAGUGGUCAACAAGCUCAGCACCUCCUGCAACACUCCGUGCCCCGCACAGACCAGCCCCCAAUUCGGCCUGCCAACAGUCGUCCUGGCCCCGAGGGACUGCUCCGACUUCGUGCUGCAGGAGAGGAAGAACGGAGUUUACAGAGUCACUCCUGAUCCUCGCAACGGGACAUUUGAGGUCUUCUGUGAAAUGGAGUCCUACGGAGGGGGGUGGACCGUGAUCCAGCAGAGACUAAACGGCUCUGUCAGCUUCAACCGGACCUGGGCCGAGUACAAAAAGGGCUUUGGAAAUCUAAGGGGUGAGUUCUGGCUGGGGAAUGACCACAUCCAUUUGCUGACCAAAGCUAGAGAUAUGGUGCUGCGCAUAGACCUGGAGGACUUUGAGGGAGUGAGGGAGUAUGCAAAGUUUGAUGAGUUCUACCUGGCCAAUGAAUUCCUUCGCUAUCGGCUGUCCAUCAGUGGAUACAGUGGGACAGCUGGGAACGCCAUGAGCUUCAACAAACACUUCAACCAUGACCAGAAGUUCUUCUCCACUCCAGACCGUGACAAUGACAUGUACCCCUCUGGAAACUGCGGCGCAUACUACAGCUCGGGAUGGUGGUUUGACGCCUGCAUGUCAGCCAACCUCAAUGGGAAGUACUAUCACAAGAGAUACAAGGGAGUCAGGAAUGGCAUUUUCUGGGGCACUUGGCACAACAUGUCAUCGGAGUACUACCCGACCAACUACAGACAGGCCUUCAAGACUGUCAGGAUGAUGAUAAGGCCCAAAAACUAUGCACCCUAAAUAUAUUCACCAGAAAAAUGUUGAAAGUUAAACAGAUAAACAUGGGAAGAAAUUAUGUGUUAUACUUUGUACAUGCACAUACCAUGCACACACAACAGAACAAGCCCCGUGGACACAUUGAAUGCAGUACAGACCCUUUAAAAUGUAAUCAGAAAGUUCAAAAUUCUGAAAUGGAGCUGACAAGAGGCAAAUUAUAAUUGUGAAUGUCUUUAAACCCCGCUCUAAUAUCACAUCUCAGAAGUUAUCAUUUGCCAACUCCCCAGGAGAUUUCAGUUUAUUCAGAGGCUAGUCCAAGUUUCUUCACUGAAAUCAUAUUAUGUCCCACUUCACACUUUCAUGCAGUUGCCUCCAUUCCAGAAUAUAGAAUGUAUCUGAUUACAAACCUUUACACAGUGAUGGUCCAAUAUGGAUUUUGGAGCAGUUACCAAUAUCUAAUAUAUUGAUAUUUUCUGAUACGAAUAUUUAGCCUUCAAAUCUAUAGCAAUGCCCAAAAUGUAUCUUAAUGUAUCUUGGAUUAAAGAUCACAAACUUUCCACUUUUCUUAAAAUAAUAACAAAAUGUAUUUAUCUGGGAUAUGAAAUUUUGUUGCAUGAUAGUGGUAACAAACAGGCAUACUUUUAGUCUACUAAUUGCUCUUCUAUUUCCAUGUUUACUCAAAAUCUCAAAAAAACAAGUCUGAUGCACUGUAGACAAACUGAGAACAAUACAUGGGCACAUAGAAACUGUGAGUGCAGAAGAAAUUUGGCACUGAAUAUCUUAAAACUGGUAUCAACUGAUACAUUUUCACCCGUACCUACUUCUAAACAGUCAAUAGUCAAAGUCAGUAAUAAUAUUUUUCUCCAAUUCAAGAGAACAGCCAUGAAUGUAACAACGUAUGUAACAAAAUAUUUCAGAAAAACAUAAAAAUCCAACAGGCGUUUUUGGAGUGUCUUUUUUAGGAGCCAUAAUAACACAUGGAGGGUUUCCAUGUGAUAUGUCUCUCAUAUCCCUCCAUGUUCAAGUCCUGUCAUAAAGUCAGCAGCAGAGACACAGGCCAGCACACAAUCCCACUAAAAACUAAUGAGCUAUCAUUUUCCCUGCUCUAAAUGGCUCCUUAAUUAACAGCAAGCACUCAUGUGAGGUAUAUGAGCGCUGAUCAAACUGUUUCCAGUCAGUGUCAAAUUCAUGGCUAAGACCACAUGCAGGGCUUAUCAAGUUUAGCAGUUUUAUUAAAAAUCAAAGCCAUGAUUCACAGCACCCAGAAGACAGUGUGCUUCUGUGUGGAUUCUGUGAUGCUGAUGAAACGCAUCAUCAUCCUCUGCCAUAGACCCAAGAAUGAAAUUAGUUUGGGGACAGUGCCAAGAACAUUUCACUUUAUUGACAUUUUGCUUACUGCUCUUGACAGUGAAUACAUUUGACUUGUUCCACAACACUGGGAGCACUGAAUAACUGCACAACUGUAGUUUUAGAAAAGCAGUUCAGAUUCCCCACUUGUACAAUACUGCAGCCUAAUGUUAGAAACAUGUAUAGCACCACCUAACAAGUGUACACACUGUGAAUGAGAAAUGGAAUGUUUAUGGACGUGUACAGUAUUUAUUUUCUUCAGAGUGCUAUGAAAGCUUUUAUAAAUAUGAAAUGUGUCAGGUCUUGAGUGUUGAUAUUUGAGCUUUAUCGAUAUCAUUCAUAUAGUGAUAUUAUGUGUAUUUAGGAUUCUCUGUAUGUAAAACAUUGACCUUUUCUAUCAUUCAUUAUCAAUAUCAUGCCAAAAAUAUGCACUUUUUAUACAAAACUGUUCAGUCUCACCCUACAGCUGUGUAUACUGCAAUGCUCUCAGAAAUCAUAAUGCCUGCUUAAUUUUUUAAGCUUUUUUGUAUUUUAGGCACCUUAAAAAUGUAUACAUCGAGUGUACAUAAGGCAUGAAAAUACAUUUUGAAAAAGUAGUCUGCAGUGCACUGAAGUCUUGCAUUUACAGCUUUCGAGGGACAAAUGUCUGAGCCAAGAUUCUGUUUGAUACGGCUGUGAAAGAUUGGACAUUGGUGUCAGUGAUGUUGCUGUCUGUUAAUGUAAGUGAUACUCAAUAAAAUGUAUCAAUCACUGUCAA